GGGUGAGGGUACCAGGGUCCGUGCCAGAUCAGGCCCAGCUGGUUGCAGAUUGCGAGCGAAGGUCUGAGUUCGGAGCUCGAUCGGGGCUCAAGUACAGGUCAGGUGCACUGAGGACCGAUUCUUUCAAAUCGUAGAUGGAUGCUGCAGCUUAGCAGGACCUUAUAGCGAUCAUGGAGCGCUAGCAUCGCCCUGAAAAGGCUGGGGUCCGUUUGCGCGACCGCCCGGGCAUGCACCAAGGCUGGUAGAGAAGACGGGACCAUCGUCCCGUUUAUGUCUUAGGUUUAUAAAUUUUUUUCUCGGGCCAGCCGGUGCAACACGUCUUCAAAAUUCCCCGUCUUGACUGUGCCUCGUAGCAGAGGCUUCCACGGACCCGAAAGAGGCGUGAGUCUGCCGUACAGUCUCUUAAUUUACUGACGAAUAUUCCUGUGUUGUCGCGAGCGACCGCCAGGUCGGGCUGAGCCGAGCAGCUGCCAACAAGACGACAAGAUGGGGUUCUUACACCAGCUCCGUCUUCUGCUCUGGAAGAACUUCACCCUCAAGAAACGCAGCCCUUGGGUGGCUGCGUUUGAGCUGUUCAUCCCCCUGGUGCUGUUCUUCAUCCUCAUGGCCAUACGGCAGAAGAAACCCGCCAGGCCUCACGGAGAAAGUUAUUUCGCUGCCCAGCCUCUCCCCUCAGCUGGAGUUCUGCCGGUGAUGCAAGCUCUCUGUCCCGGGGGCCACAGGGACAACUAUGGCUUCCCCAGAUACGACAAGUCAACAGCGUACCAGUUCCUGGAGCGCCUGAGUAACUCUGUCCAGCAGAACGCCCUGUUUGAUGAGGACAGUGACGUGAGACAGAAGUUCUACCAGAUCCUCCACAACUACGAGUCACUGGUCAACGACCCAAACUCACUCGAGCAGAGGUUUGCACAGGCUAAAGAUUUUAGUCUGGGAUCUGUGCUGACAGACAAGUCUGAGUUCCAGAAGGUUCUGAUGAACAACCUGUCGCUAUCCCAGGAUGCAGCAGAUUACAUCAUCAACACACCCAUACACAUCCAACAGCUGUACGCUUUACUGUUUGGAAGCCCCACCCGAAACCUCCACAACAUGACCGACCAAGUCAUGAAGCCCAAGAAGAUCUGGAGUGUCCUACAACAGAAGCUGGACAGUCUGAAGGACGGGCUGGUGUACCAGACGCUGACCAGCCCACAGAAGCUGGCGACUAAGGAGGGACUGCUGGCCCUGCUGGGGCAGAGUCUGGGGUUGGGUACUCUGGGGGAGAAGGCUGAGGAGAAGGUGCUGCAGCCUCCACAGCAGAUGGUCAAAAGUCUGGAGUCUGUCCUGCUGACCCCUGCCCACCUGCAGUACCUGGUGUGUAACACUUCAGCAGGUCAGAUCAUCACUCAGCAGCAGGACCAGCAACACAGCAUGGAUGAGGUUCACCAGGCCCUAUGUAACAGCUCCCACGCCAAGUCCAAGUUUGCAGCCCUGGCAGAAGGACUGAAGGCACAGCUCAACCAGAAGGCUGUUGUCGAUCAGCUUGGUCUGGACCAGAUGGACAUUGUGGAGAAUCAACAGAAGAUGGAGAGUCUUAUGGAGGCUUUGGAAGAUUUUGCGAUAUUCCAGUCGGGACUCCAUGACCUGAGUGACAUCGCCUCCGUCUUCCCAUCAUACACCUGUGCGGGGAUCAUGGGAGAAGAAGGGGAGGCUCCGACCGACCCGGCCUCGCAGGCCGUCACAGCUGGUCCUGAUGACUGUAACCCCCCCGUUACAGACCCAACCCAAGAACCUUAUGGCAACAGUUCCAGUCAAUGUACAGAUGGGAACAGCACAGUGGUGGAUACAGACAUCGCCACGUCUCAGGUCCACCACGUUCACAACAAGCUGUCCGGUUUCAUCCGAAUCUGGACAUCGCUGCAGCCAACCAUCUGUGGGGUCAACAAGACCAUGACGGAGGAAGCCUUGGAAGCUGGCGACCUUCGGUCCAUGGGGUACAACAAGAAGGAGAGGAGAGACCUGGGACUGCUACUCCAUCUUCUCACCAGCAAUCCCAAGAUCCUCUACUCCCCCAACGGAACCUGGGCGGACAGCAUGACCUUCCCAAAUGGAACCGAGAUUGACAAGGUCAUAAAGAAGGUGGCAGAACCCUUCACCUUCAUCAGUAACGUGACCUUCAUAGCCGACCAAUGGCUGAACAGGUCACGUGAGCUGCGGCACUUUAUCCAGGAGAACUCCACGCAGCAGGACAUCCAGUGGCUGCGAGAGCUGAAGGAUGCGUAUGCAGCCAACCCCCAGCUGUUGAACAUGACGACUAACCCAGUCAUCCGGCGCUUUGUGCAGUCCCCAAACGUCAUUCCCAACGUCACCACGGUCCUCAGGCAGCUGGAGAACAUCGACAACCUCGCCUGCGGAUGGAUCAAACUUGUGUCAAAUUUCAACCUGAGCAUUUUCAUGCCAUUCCCGAAUGAGGAAGCCCUGGUGAACUACACCCUGCACCAGGCACAGAAGGACAACGUCACCGUCUUUGCAAGUUUGGUGUUUAAUGUGACCAACACCACCGGCCAGUUGCCUGCCCACAUGGUGUACAAGAUCCGUCAGAAUGCCAGCUUUACCCAGAAGACCACCCAGAUCCGGCGCAAGUACUGGCGCCCCAACCCUAACCACGGCCACGAGCUGUACUAUCAGUUCGGCUUCAUCUGGAUACAGGACAUGAUAGAGCGUGCCCUGAUCAGCGUGGUGGUGGGCCAUGAUGUGGUGGAGCCGGGAAGCUACGUACACGAGUUUCCCUAUCCCUGCUUCAUGGCAGAUGACUUCCUGUUCAUGAUAGAACACAUGAUGCCGCUGUGCAUGACCAUCUCCUGGGUCUACACUGUCGCCAUGCUGGUGCAGAACAUCGUGUACGAGAAGGAGCAGCGACUUAAAGAGGUGAUGAAGAUGAUGGGUCUGAACAACGCUGUCCACUGGGUGGCCUGGUUCAUCACCAGUUUCCUGCAGAUGUCCCUGACGGGGACGUUCCUGAUGCUGAUCCUACAGUACAGCCAGAUCCUGACCUACAGUAACCCCUGGAUCACAUUUCUCUUCAUUGAGCUCUACAUUGUGGCUACAAUCUCCUUCAGUUUCUUUGUGAGUGUGCUGUACUCCAAGGCAAAGGUAGCAGCUGCCUGUGGUGGAAUCAUCUACUUCCUGAGUUAUGUGCCAUACAUGUACGUCGCUAUCAGGGAGGAGGUCGCCAAUGACAAAAUCACCGCUGCAGAGAAAAGUGUCGCUUGCCUGAUGUCCACCACAGCGUUUGGCCUGGGUGCCAAGUACUUUGCCCUGUACGAGGAGUCUGGGACAGGCAUACAGUGGGACAACUUCCUGCAGAGUCCAGUGGAGGGGGACGCCUUCAACCUGUGCAGGGUCAUGGUCAUGCUGGUGGUGGACAGCAUUGUGUACUGUCUCCUCACCUGGUACAUCGAGGCUGUACAUCCAGGUUCGUACGGCUUGCCCCGUCCCUGGUACUUCCCGUUCCAGAAGUCCUACUGGUUCGGCCACGGGAGGCAGGAGACGCUGGACUGUCACAUGCCGUGUGCACGGGGGACUAACUACAGCUUAGCACUGUCUGAGGAGGAUGGGGCAUGUGCUGCAGAGGACACUGGAGAUGAACAAGUCUGCUUUGAGGAGGAGCCCUCUCAUCUCCCCAUGGGUGUGUGCAUCCAUAACCUUGUCAAGGUGUACAAGACAGGGAACAAGCUGGCUGUGAACAAGCUGGCUCUGAACUUGUACGAGGGACAGAUCACCUCCUUCCUGGGACACAAUGGAGCCGGCAAGACCACCACCAUGUCCAUCCUGACGGGCCUGUUCCCACCCACUGCGGGCUCGGCCACGAUCUACGGACACGACAUCCGCACGGACAUGCUGGAGAUCCGCAAGAGCCUGGGCAUGUGUCCGCAACACAACGUGCUGUUCGACAAGCUGACCGUGGAGGAACAUGUGUGGUUCUAUGCCCGACUGAAAGGCAUGCAGUCAGCUGACAUUGAGAAGGACCUGCAGCAACUGAUCGGUGACGUGAGCCUGCAGCACAAGCGCAAGGACCCAGUGUCCUCCCUGUCAGGCGGGAUGAAGAGGAAGCUGUCCGUGGCCAUCGCGUUUGUCGGCGGCUCCCGUACCGUCAUCCUGGAUGAACCCACGGCAGGGGUGGACCCCUACGCCAGGAGGGCCAUAUGGGACUUCCUCGUCAACUACAAGAGAGGUCGUACAAUCCUGCUGUCAACCCACCACAUGGACGAGGCAGACAUCCUGGGGGACCGCAUCGCCAUCAUCUCCAACGGCCAGCUGCGGGCCUGCGGGAGCUCGCUCUUCCUCAAGAGCACGUUCGGAGACGGGUACCGCCUCACCGUGGUCAAGCGGCCGGUGGACAGGGAAGAGCAGGGGUCAGGAGAACCUGACCUGAACUCGUCCCUAUCCAAUGGCUCUAUCAUCACCAGGUGUGCAGAACAGAAGGUCUCCAAGUUCAUCAGACAGCAUGUGGCAGGAGCUGUCCUCCUGUCUGACACCAACCGUGAGAUCUCCUACAUGCUGCCCUCCGAGGCCGUCAAGAAGGGCUGCUUUGAGAAGCUGUUCAGCGCCCUUCAGAGCAAGCUGGACGACCUUGACCUCAGCAGCUUUGGGCUGACUGACACGACCUUGGAGGAGGUGUUCCUCAAGGUCACAGAAGCCACUAGCAAUGACCUUCCAGAAAAAGAGGAGAAGGACUCCCUGCCCCUGCCGACCCCCCCUGAAGCCUCCAGCCCUCCGGUGACGACCCCGGGUGACCCCAGCAUGGUGGAGCUGGAGAUGCCUGUACGCGGCGGGGUCAGCGGGAGGUCAUACGAUCGGCUGAUGGAGGACGGGGACAACAUCAGUCAGCACAGCAGUGAACCUGCAGAAGAUCCCAUCUGCCUUGACCAGGAGGGGGUGGGCAGCUACCGUCUGGAGGGCUGUCAGCUGGCCUUUAGUCAGUUCUGGGGCCUCAUGAUCAAACGCUUCAACUUCUCCAGACGGAACACCAAGGCCCUUUUCUCACAGAUCGUCCUUCCUGCCCUCUUCAUCUGUGUUGCCAUGACAGUUGCGCUGUCUGUCCCUGACAUCGGAGACUACCCCCCGCUGGUCCUCAGUCCCUCCCAGUACCACAACUACACCAGCCCCAUCGGGAACUUCGUGCCCAUCUCUGACGAGAAGGAGAUGCAGGAGACCCAGCUGUACGUGGACGCCACUGCUCAGGAGCUGAUGCAGACCGUGCACCUGCCGUCAGGAAUCGGUGCUACCUGUGUCCUCAAGUCACCGUUCAACGAUACUCUAUCCAUGGAGGUGAUUAAACUGAACCUCACCGAUGGAGCCAAGCUGCCGCUGACGGACAAGUACUUUGACGAGACGUGUCGCCAGUCGUUUGUGCACGGUGUUCGGCUGGAUAACUACGUGCCAAAGCCCCCCACCCCGGCCCCCCCUCCCAAGAGCCUCCAUCAGAAACAGAACAUCCACUAUACUACAUCGUUUGAUCCCAACCCCAACCAUACAGUCCAUGAGAACCUGCCAGUGCCCCAGUGCCAGUGUAUGAAGGACAACACCGGGUUCCUGUGCACCCCCGACCCCUACCCUCCCCACCGCUUCAAGGUCAUCACAGGGGACAUCCUGCUGGACGUGACGGGACGGAACACGACCUUGUGGUACCUCAACACCAACGACCUCUACAGGCUACACAGGUAG